AGGUUUUAUUAAGAAUAUUAUUACAGAGGCCGGGGGGGGGGGGGCGCAUGCGCAGGUCCGCCAUACUUGGCGCCAUCAAGACACUCACUCGUAUAUUAUUAUCAUUUACAACACUUGUUUUACUCCAAGAUGACGGACAAAGAGGGCACCAAGGUAGGGGAUGGCGGUGGCCCUGCGCCUGUGCGUGCGCCACCAGACCUCCCGACAACCGUGGCUGUGGCAGAGGUAACACCUGUGCAACGUCUGCAAGACACAUUUGAUGAUGCCGUGGAGGAGCGGGUUAUUAAUGAGGAGUACAAGAUAUGGAAGAAGAAUACCCCAUUUUUGUAUGACCUUGUCAUGACCCAUGCCCUAGAAUGGCCAUCACUAACAGCACAGUGGCUACCUGAUGUCACAAGGCCAGAAGGCAAGGACUACAGUAUUCACCGGCUGAUACUUGGUACACACACCAGUGAUGAACAGAACCACCUGCUCAUUGCCUCUGUUCAGCUUCCAAAUGAAGAUGCACAGUUUGAUGCAUCACAUUAUGACAAUGAGAAAGGAGGAUGUUGCGUGGCAUCUUCUUCACGAAUCGCUUUUUGGUUCAGUAGCAGAUGACCAAAAGCUGAUGAUCUGGGAUACACGUGCCAAUAACACCAAUAAGCCUUCCCACACAGUUGAUGCCCACACAGCAGAGGUCAAUUGCCUCUCCUUUAAUCCCUAUUCUGAAUUUAUUCUGGCUACUGGCAGUGCCGAUAAGACAGUUGCCUUGUGGGACCUGCGCAAUCUCAAGCUGAAACUUCACUCAUUUGAGUCGCACAAAGAUGAGGUUUUCCAGGUUCAGUGGUCACCUCAUAACGAGACAAUCCUUGCAAGUUCAGGCACAGAUCGUCGGCUGCAUGUGUGGGACCUCAGCAAGAUAGGUGAAGAACAGAGUGCUGAGGAUGCUGAAGAUGGACCUCCUGAACUAUUGUUCAUUCAUGGAGGUCAUACUGCUAAGAUUUCUGAUUUCUCAUGGAACCCUAAUGAGCCUUGGGUAAUCUGUUCUGUCAGUGAAGACAAUAUUAUGCAGGUGUGGCAGAUGGCAGAAAAUAUCUACAAUGAUGAGGAACCAGAGACUCCGGCUUCAGAACUAGAAUCUGGGGCAUCUUAAAUUGUGCAUAGCCUUUUGCAGCACCAUUUUCAUGCAUCAAGACCCACUUAUCAGAUUUGUCAGUAUUCAUAAAGUGAAGCAAGUAUUAUAUGGUUUGCAUUGUAAUACAUACAGUAAGCAGUGUAUUAUCCAGAAAAGGAAGUAUGCCUUUAAUUCCUGUAGAUCAUUGGCAUCUUCUUAUGAAUUUCUAAUAUGAAAGUUCAAUUAGAUGACAUUUAAAUUGUACAUGAAUUAGAUAAUUUUUGUGGAUCUUUGGUAAUUUUGUUGUAAAAGUAUAGUAUUUAUAUUGCUAUUCCAUAUAAUGCAUAAUUCCAUUGAAAAUGAUAAUUGUUGCAAGAAUUUCAUUAGAAUUAUCAUUUUUAUAAUAAAAGAAACAUGUCAAAA